CCCCUCGCUCAGCCACCGAGCUGCCGCCGCGCUCCUCAGCCGCCCCGAAAUCUAAAGGGGUCCGUCUCCGGCACCACAACCAAAUGGCUGAGCCUCCCUGGCCGGCUGCGCAGCCCGCCCAUUGGUCCCUUCCCCCCCGCCUCCACCACCAUUCGCUGUUGCCCGGAGAUCGGCGGCGGCGAUUGGCUAACGCUGCUGCCACUCAUUCGCGAGACCGCCGAUCCCGCCUCCACGGUGAUCAGGUGAAAGAACUCGUCCUGGACAACUGUCGGUCGAAUGAAGGCAAAAUUGAAGGCCUCACAGAUGAAUUUGAAGAACUGGAGUUCUUGAGUACAAUCAACGUCGGCCUCACCUCAGUCGCAAACUUACCAAAGUUAAACAAACUUAAGAAGCUUGAACUAAGUGAUAACAGAAUCUCAGGGGGCCUGGAAGUAUUGGCAGAAAAGUGUCCGAACCUCACGCAUCUAAAUUUAAGUGGCAACAAAAUUAAAGACCUCAGCACAAUAGAGCCACUGAAAAAGUUAGAAAACCUCAAGAGCCUAGACCUUUUCAAUUGUGAGGUGACCAACCUGAACGACUACCGAGAAAACGUGUUCAAGCUCCUUCCGCAGCUCACGUAUCUUGAUGGCUACGACCGGGACGACAAGGAGGCCCCCGACUCAGAUGCCGAGGGCUACGUGGAGGGCCUGGACGACGAUGAAGAGGAUGAGGAUGAGGAAGAGUACGAUGAAGAUGCUCAGGUAGUGGAAGACGAGGAGGACGAGGAGGAGGAGGAGGAAGGGGAAGAGGAGGACGUGAGUGGAGAGGAAGAGGAGGAUGAGGAAGGUUAUAACGACGGGGAAGUAGACGAUGAGGAAGAUGAAGAGGAGCUUGGUGAAGAAGAAAGGGGUCAGAAGCGAAAACGAGAACCUGAAGAUGAGGGAGAAGACGAUGACUAAGUGGAAUAACCUAUUUUGAAAAAUUCCUAUUGUGAUUUGACUGUUUUUACCCGUACCCCCCCAAAUCCCGCCCCCUGAAACUUAUUUUUUUCUGAUUGUAACGUUGCUGUGGGAACGAGAGGGGAAAAGUGUACUGGGGGUUGUGGGGGGAGGGAGGGUGGGAGGGGGUGGAAUAAAAUACUAUUUUUACUGCCACUCUUUAUUUUUUUCCCCUAAUUUUUCUUUGUGUCUGGUUCUGUCCCUGUAAAUGCAAUAGCUGAGUACACAUAAGUGAACGUUUGUUCCUUACCCUCAAAGAGGACGAUUUGGAGAUCUCUGACAUUUCCUGAUACUUCCCAAGUCUCUUGAGUUGAUUGGAAGGCCAGAGCUGGCCUCAGUUUGGUUUCUCAAAGCCCAGGAGGGCUGAGCACCAGCCGCGUCUUACCUCUUGUUCCGGAUCCCAUGAUUUUCACGUUUCUUGGGCCUGCUAGAGGCAGCAAGCGCCUUGGCUUGUAAAUAGCAACCUAAAGGCGAAUCUUGGCACUGGUCUGGGGACCUUCCCUGUCUUCCAUCCCCUUUCUCUCUUCCCAGACGGUGGUGGGCUUUGCUCUCCUGAGAAGACUCUGAUGUCACUCUUGAGUGAUGAGCCAGAGAGCUGGAAACAGCAGGCUUCAGAGUUUAGGAGUAAAAUGGAUUCAGUAAUUCUAAUUAAAAGAGAAGAAGCAAACCCUCAAACUUCAUCCUCUUUCAAAGAUAUAAAAAAACAAAACUGUCCCUAUCUUGUUGUGUAAAAUAUUAGAACGCUUUGUUUUACAAAAUGACAGGAGAAUUCUUCUGCGCGUCCUGCUUGGCCUAGACCAUUUUUACAGACCUAGGCACAGGACACACUGCUGCAUGUCGGCUGGGUUUUUUUUUCAUACACCCGAGCACGGAAAAACUUAACACAAAAUUGUAUUUUCUUACCUAGUGGAGAUCUGAAGUGACUGCAAAUUCCUAGUGAAUGUACAGGCUCGCUUUCCUGUCCCUCUUCUGGAUUGCUUUCCAAGUGACCCGUGACUUCCUAGCCCAUGUUUCAUCUGUAUAAAAGAACAUCUGCACCGGUUUUCCCCCCCCCUCAGAAGAGCCAAACUUUUGAGUUUUAUGUCUGUUUGUCAUUGAUAAAUUUCAAUAAAUCUUUUUAUACAAUU